CGCGGCCAUUUCGCUAAGAAACACACCGCGGAGGAUCACCAAAGGAUUAUGAAUGAAACCGAUUCUGUAUUGAGAAAGCAAAACACCGCGCCCGUUUACACAGACUGAACGCGAACAGAAAACUCUUAAUGAAAUGAACAUAGAUGACGUUAUUUGUCAGUUUGCGGGGGUGGGAUUAAAAUCCUGCAGUUUGACAGCGUUUGGCCUAUCGUCGCUCUCCCUUCGUUGGAUUGCUGAGGUCUUGUCCAAUCAGCUGCGCGCUCUGCUAGCGCGUCACAAGCGUAACGGCCAAUGGACACCGCGUAGCUCUCGCCGAAGCAGGAGUUCCCUGUAGCUGUGGAUUGAGGAUUAAUGGAAGGGCUCUGACUGUCGAAUUAUGCGAGCUACAUAGUGCACACGACCGGAUCGCUUCAUCAACACAAACAAGCAAACGACCAGGCUAUCGAAAAGGUGCAGCGAAGUCGGCGUGCUGCGACUGGACCCGCGCGCGGACGGUUGAAAACAAGUGCUCGUGGCGCUCGAGAGGAAAGUCGAGGGCCUCGCUCAGGGUUAGCAGAGCGAGGAAGAGGAGCGAGAGAAGGAGAAGAAGACGGGCUCUUGGUGUUAUUUCAGCGGACCCGACCCAGGAGAGCUGAGAGACGUUACCGAAACCGAAGCUCUGCAACCAGACAGCUACUGUUAGCUAGCAGCUAGCGCUCGCUAGCUAGCUAACCAACUAACCAGCUUCUAUCAACCUCCAGAAUUCAUUUGAUCUGACAGCGUAACGUUACUGUGAUCCAGCGAGUUAUGAUCGGACAUAGCUAGUGCAACGGACGCAGACAUCGUAUGAUCAGUAAGGAGACGGAGUCUGAAGACAGUUGGCGUCAAAAAAAGUCGAUUUAGAUCUGUUGUACCUGGCCUGCAAUCAUGGGCAACGCGCCCACCGCCAAGAACAAGGGCAACGAGAUGGAGAGCGUUAAGGAGUUUCUUGCUAAAGCCAAAGAAGAUUUCCUAAAGAAAUGGGAGAACCCAGCACAGAACACUGCAGCUCUGGACCAUUUCGAGAGGUUGAAGACUCUAGGCACUGGCUCGUUUGGACGAGUCAUGCUAGUCAAGCACAAAGAAUCAGGCCAGCAUUUUGCCAUGAAGAUCCUCGACAAACAGAAGGUGGUGAAGCUGAAACAGAUAGAACACACGCUGAAUGAGAAACGCAUCCUGCAGGCCGUCAGCUUCCCGUUCCUUGUGCGAUUGGAGCACUCGUUCAAGGAUAAUACUAACCUGUAUAUGGUAAUGGAGUAUGUUCCUGGAGGAGAGAUGUUCUCUCACUUACGUAGAAUCGGACGAUUUAGUGAGCCUCAUGCCCGAUUCUACGCCGCCCAGAUAGUUCUGACCUUUGAAUACCUUCACUCACUUGAUCUUAUCUACCGAGAUCUGAAGCCUGAAAACCUGCUCAUAGACCAGCAGGGCUACAUACAGGUAACAGAUUUUGGCUUUGCUAAACGUGUAAAGGGCAGGACCUGGACACUGUGUGGCACACCCGAGUACCUGGCGCCAGAAAUCAUCCUCAGUAAAGGUUAUAAUAAAGCAGUGGACUGGUGGGCUCUGGGAGUGCUGAUCUAUGAAAUGGCUGCUGGUUACCCUCCGUUCUUUGCCGAUCAACCCAUCCAGAUCUACGAGAAGAUUGUUUCUGGGAAGGUCCGCUUCCCCUCACAUUUCAGCUCUGACCUGAAGGACCUGCUGAGGAACCUGCUGCAGGUAGAUCUGACGAAGCGCUUCGGUAACCUCAAGAACGGCGUCAACGACAUCAAGGGCCACAAGUGGUUUGCAACCACCGACUGGAUCGCAGUCUACCAGAAGAAGGUGGAAGCCCCCUUCAUCCCUAAGUGCAAAGGCCCCGGGGACACCAGCAACUUUGACGACUACGAGGAAGAAGAAAUCCGGGUCUCUUUCUCAGAGAAAUGUGGAAAGGAGUUUGCUGAAUUCUAGAAGCAGCAGCGGAGGAGAGGGAUGGAGAGAGGUUAGAUGUGGGGCAACCGAGAGAAGAAAACGUUUUCCAGGGUGGUGAUGAUGAUGAUGAUGAUGGACUGAGCCUUAUCCGGUAACAACAACGUAGAGCCCUCACACACAGAUGGAGGGAGAAGAAGAACAAAGUCCAGAGAGAGACGCCAGCAGUGUUGCCUUUUCAGAUCCUUCGUCCCAUGUUACUUGUCCAUUUUCAUGUUUUCCCUCUUGUUUGGUAGCCAGGGUCCAUUGGGCAGAGAUUCGGUCACUUCUCUGUGACUGGCUGGCAUGGGGAUAAUUGUGACUUCUUUUUUUUGUUUGUUUUGUUUUUCCAGAGAUAUAGAGGUUACUUUCUGGUACUGAAUAUUGGCUUCUCCAGAGAAUGUUUUGUUUUGUUUUAAUUCGCAAAGGUGUCCUUGCUCUGUAGUUCUCCACCCCGUCACAUCAUGUUUACGUCAUGUGCACUUAUUGGCACCCAGUACCAAAUCAAACCCACUUACACCGUUCAAGACUUCUGGCUUUUUGUUUGACAUCUCACCCAUUUCUCAUUUGGAUUUUAAGCAUCACACCGCCAUCCUUCAAAUUUGUCAUCGCAUAUUAAUUGGCUACAGUGCUCUAAGAUCAGGCAGAAUCAGCCGCUUGGUGUAAAGAUGGUUGAUUUGCAUCAUCCAUUUGUCAUUCUCCAGAUCAUUUAGUGUAUUUAAAGCCGGUAUGUGCAUGUAUAAGCCAAUAGAAUGUGCUUUGGGUUGAAAGUGGCCACUGAAAAUCCGUUACACUACUUUAAAUUACACAUUUGUAGCAUGAAAGCAUACUUGAAGCUCCAAAUCCGUUAUUUCACUCGUUUCGCAGAUGGCUUUGAUCCUAAGAUAUAUUUCUAUAAAGAUAAACUGACAAAAAGCAGAACUGAAGGAAUGCAAUGAAUUAACCGCAAACACAAACGCUUGUAAUGCAGUUGGUUUGUUUUUAAAAAGAGGCUUUUAAAGGAUAACGUUAAAGGAGAGCACUGUUUCUGUGGUCACACUGGGUUCCUGGUGGAUGUUUUUUUGUUUGUAUUAUUAUUAUUAUUAUAAUUUUCUUCCGUGUCGCCUGCUAGUGACCAAACCUUUUGUUUAAUUGAACAGUCUGGUAUUUGUCCUUACCCUUACCGAUGAUAAGAAUAAUCUUCUGGACAUGAAAGUUGUUUGAAAAUAAAGCCGAUUUUCUGUAAGUUUUAACUUUCUAAGGCUUCACCAAUCAAUCUCCAUUUUCUGCUUCAAAUAAGCUUGUAGUUCAUGUUGACGUCAGUCGUUUACGAUAUCGACCAAUUUAGUGAAUCUCCAUUCGGUCUGUUGAAAUAUCGUCCGGCGAACUGAUCAAAAUUUGUGCGCUUUCUAUCUUGCUCUGUAACUUUAUUGGAUGCAAGACAAUCGAAAUGCAAAAACCCGUAUGAUUUAAGUCGUUGUGGGUGUUUAGUUUCCAGCAGUGUGCAGUAAUGCGUAGUGUGUUGCAGAGAUUUUAUUUCGUUACGCUUGAAAAGCUUCGCGUCAAUGAAUAUUUAAUUUGAUUGUAAAGGUGCCAAACUGAACUGCUAUCAGUUUGAGUAACAGAAAGGACAUAAUAUAUAAAAACACAUUUUUGCUACUGCUAGUGGUGCAAAACUGACACGCUUCACCUUUAAAACUGAGAUGCCCACCAUCUCUCUUUGCUCAGUCCUUCAAGGGUCGGCUGUUCUUUAGGUGCGUUUUCAAAAUCAGAUUUUUGGUUUGUUAUGAUAAGCAAUGUAACUUAAUUUUGUUGAAUGUGUGCGAACUACAGAAUUGGUUCCAGGUUAAAAUUGGUAUUUCAGACAUCUCUUUUAACAACAGAAGUAUCUAUCGUGUAGACUGAACGGCUUUGAUGCCAUUUAAAUUGCAGUGUGAGCUCAAAAUACUCUGCUUUUCCCUCGCAGGAAAUGUGAUGUCAAUGUUUCUGCCAGAUUUACAGACUUACAAAACACACCAGAUUGGGUCAGUUUUUGAUCAUUCAGGUGCUGAUAUUGCUUUAGAAACAUAGACGAGCAAAAGGGCAGGAGUUCAUAUUUCACAAAACUUCAUGGUAGGUUUCGAUUUCCUCUCUCAUUCUUUCACCCUGCAUGCCUAGCUUUUGCUGGGACAUUUUCUUGCCCCAUUUCUGGAGACUUUGUCGUGAAAUGGUUGUACAAACAGGAGAAACAGCUCCAUCUCUUGGUUUGAAUAGCUGGAGAACAAAACGAUCAGUGUUUAAAGAAUGCGUCUGUAUGUUUAGAUUACCCAGAAGGCUCUUCUGCGCUGGUCUUGUGAUGCUAGAAGCAACGUAAGACUAUCCUCAACUGGUGUGAUGAGUUUUAAUGUACAGUUCGGCUUCACGUGAGCUCCUUUCCUCAUCUCUGAGCUCGAUCGUAACAUGGAAUGGUUCUGUUUAAAGCAGCACCGGUUUAAAACAGUGACUUUUGGGGGAAAUUGUGGCUCAAAUGCUUCUUUCAUUGCACCUUUUUUUUUUUUUUUUUGGUCAGAGCAUGAAAAAAAGUGACAUUUUUGCCGUAUUCAUAUGUUGUCCAUCUAUGUCUGGGUCCUGUCCCUUCCUUUCAGAUACAUGGGUGUCACACAUCCUUCAGUCAUGUGUGUGUGUGUGUGUGUGUGUGUGCACGCAUCAGUCCAUUAUACAGUUUGCCUUUGUACACAUCCAGUUUCCUACACACUUCUAUUUGCUUUAAAAAAAAAAUCAUAAAAACUUUUGAUUUACUUUUGCAUAUUUUCUAAGUGUAUUUUCAACAACAGGAGUCUCUUUCCUCCCGCCAUGGGUAUGGGUGAUGGUGUAGUUUAUUGUACCUUUCUCGGGAAACAACACUGUAUAUUCUCUGCCUUUAACAGUCUUAAUUAUUUUACCUUCUGGAGAAGUUGACGGAUACCCAUAGGACACAUCGACUAUGUUUAAAAAAAAAAAAUAUUAAAAUUACACAGAAUAAUAUUUUGCAACAUGUAUCAUUCCAAUAAAGUUUUAAUUGUUAAAAUUA